AUGGACGGAGACACUCUGCCGGCGGUGAAACAGAAACCCACUAUUCACACGAUGAACGUCGAAUUGUCUGAUCUUCCCGUGAGAGCACAGCAUCAUGGCAUCGAUGCGGCAAAGGACAUUGUUUUCGGCUCCAUCGCUGGAAUGGUUGGAAAAUACAUCGAGUACCCAUUCGAUACCGUUAAAGUGCGCCUACAGUCUCAACCAGACGGCCUUCCCCUCCGCUAUACCGGCCCCAUCGACUGUUUCCGUCAGUCCCUGCAGGAAGAAGGCAUACGGGGGCUCUACCGUGGUAUCAGUGCGCCCCUCCUCGGUGCAGCAAUCGAAAAUAGCUCUCUCUUCUUCAGUUACCGUCUCACACAGCACAUAGCCCGAGACUAUGUAUAUGGUGGGCUGGAGAAGCUCCCCUAUACUGCCCUGCUAGCCUGUGGUGCUGCAUCCGGCGCAUUCACCUCCAUCCUCCUCACCCCCGUCGAGCUUGUCAAGUGCAAGAUGCAGGUUCCCACCGGCCAGCAACAGGGGGAGGCACUACGCCCUCUAGCCAUAGUUUCUGCCGUGUUUCGAACACACGGCAUUCUCGGCCUUUGGCGUGGGCAGCUCGGCACCCUCAUUCGUGAAACGGGCGGCUCUGCAUCCUGGUUUGGCGGCUAUGAAGCUGUAACCGCCUUGUUUCGACAUUAUAGCCCUGCUGUUCCACCACUGGGGAAGGUGGGGGUGACAGAGGACCUGCCACCUUUACCGAUAUACCAGCAAAUGAUUGCCGGAGCCACGGCAGGCGUUCUUUAUAAUUUUAUUUUCUUCCCGGCAGACACUAUCAAAUCACGCAUUCAGACAGAGGACAUCGCUGCACACUCGGCCAAAAGCGGUGCUAAGAUGCCCUCUUUCUGGUCUGUUGGCAAGACGGUUUGGAGACAGCAUGGUCUCGCUGGCCUGUAUCGUGGAUGUGGUAUCACCGUUGCUCGAUCAGCACCCAGCUCCGCUUUUAUCUUUUCCAUAUACGAAGGAUUAAAGGCUCACUUCCAGUAG